AUGGGCAAAAAGGGGGAUCGCGGACUGCAGGGUCUGCCAGGUCCCAUAGGACCUAGAGGUCCGCCGGGAGAGAAAGGCGCACCGGGACAAUCUAUCUCGGCUCCCUCCCUGUUACAACAGCCUGUUGAAACGACAGUCAAUGAAAGUCAGACAGCCAUCUUGAAAUGUACAGCGGUUGGCAAUCCACCACCAAAGGUCACAUGGUCUAAAGUGAAUUCGUCACUUCCUGUCGGUCGUCACGUGGUAGAGUCCAGUGGCGCUCUGAUUCUUCAGGAUGUUAGACCUGAAGACGAAGGCCAGUACACCUGCAACGCCGAAAAUUUGCUAGGAAACAUCAACGCAACAGCGUAG